AUGUCCGCCGAUGACGCCCAGACGCCAGAGACGGGCCAGCGUACGGCUCGGGAUCUGGUGAAGGAGAUCGCGAAAGAACGCGGGUAUCUUGGAGAAGAGAAGCUCGCGCGGCUUGGCGACUUCGACCCUGAACUACGACGUGAUAUUGAGGAAGCGCUACUCAAGAAAGAUGAGAUGAUCGGUUCGGCGGUCUUGACACUUGCCAAAAACCUUUACACAAGCAACGCAAGAUUUGUUUUCGAACUCCUUCAGAACGCAGAUGACAAUGAUUACAGCACUGCCAUCUCGCAAGGCCAGGACCCGUGUGUCUCUUUCAAGGUAUUUCCCAGCAAGGUCACAAUUGAAUGCAACGAGAAUGGCUUCACACCCGAGAACUUGAAGGCAAUCUGCGCUAUCGGCAAGAGUUCGAAGGUUGGCGCCGCCGGCUACAUUGGAGAGAAAGGCAUCGGGUUCAAGUCUGUCUUCAUGGCUGCCUGGAAAGUGCAUAUUCAGUCAAACGACUUUUCUUUCUCCUUCACACAUCGGAAAGGCGACUCUGGUCUUGGGAUGGUUACUCCUGUGUGGGAGGAGACAGAAGAGCCCAUUGCUGAGUCGUUGACUCGCAUCACACUGCUGCUUCAUACGAGUGAGGACCCAGACGAGGAUGAAAGGCGGCGCGAGACUAUUCGCCUCCAGUUCCAGGAUCUUCAACACACGAUUUUACUCUUCUUGCGGAAGCUACGUAAGGUACAGGUCUCUUUCUUUGACACAAACGACGUGGAAUCAUCGGUCACUGCAUAUUCUCUUCAUGGCAGUAACCCCGCCACCAUCCGGAAGGAGACUUCGGAAGGUGUUGAGGAACGGCAGUACCAUGUUACCAAGCAUGUCGCAGAGAAUAUCCCCCGGAGCGAGAAUCGGACAUAUUCUGAAGAAGAGGAGCGCGCUGACUCCUCCACUGAAGUCGUGCUGGCGUUCCCUCUGUCAGAGGAGGGUACCCCGAUUGUUGAGAAUCAGGAUGUUUUUGCGUUUCUUCCCAUGCGACCGAUGGGGUUCAAGUUUCUUAUCCACACCGAUUUCGUCACCGAAGCAAGCCGUCAAGGCAUAGUCAUCAGCUCUCUCCGAAACCGCGCGCUACUGGAAGGUAUCGCGGACUGCUUCAUCAAAGCCAUUGAAGAGUUCUGCCAGCAUCCGACCCUCCAAUACCAGUGGAUGCGAUGGUUGCCCCAGCGAAACACCUACCCUUGGGACGAGUUCUGGUUAAGUCUCCUUGAAUGGAUCGAAAAAGGAAUAUCCAACGUCAAGGUACUCCGCACACUCGUCUCUGGGCAGCUGAAAUACAUAACCAAUGUUUCUCGACUUCAGCCAUGGCUGCGCGAUGAAAAUGGCGAUCCUCUCUUCUUCGAUCUUGCUACCGAGAUCUACCUCGCUAAGGAGUACACCGAAGAAGACCUGGAUUCUUUGGGGCCAUAUGGCCUAUGUAGUGCCGGCACGCAUGCCGUGAUCGAUCGCGUUGAGAGUGAUCUCGCUUGCAGCUUCAGACCAUGUAGGAUGAGGAACCCCCUUACAGAUAAUCAGUGGCACUCCCUCGCAGCACAGGCGCUUAUAAAACUGGAGGAGUUAUCCGCCUCUUCUCCGUCAACCAACGAACGCUUCAAGGAACUGAAGUUGGUCCCGCUAGGAAAUGGAAAAUGGGUGUCAGCGACUAGUAGUCCGCUUUACUACUCCCAGUCUGAGCAGCUUGCUAUUCCUGAUUGCCUCGGUCUGAAACUGGUCGACACAGAUGCAGCGAAUAAUUCCGAUCGGCGCGCUUUAUUUGACAAGCUUGGUGUUACAGAGGCGCUUGUCAAAGACGUUCGGUCUCUGGUAUUGCAGAAACCGUUGGAUCCAGUUGGAACCCAAGAUGCUCUCCUUGCUUCUGUUACCUGCCUCAAGUUCCUGUACCUUUCUGAGGGUCUGGUAGAUAAUGAGGAAGUUCAGGCGGAUAUGAAGGGUUUUCGUAUCUACGACCAGUACCUACAAGCAUACCUACCAACAAAAAGCCGCGUCUAUAUACCGACGAGUGAUGAAUACGGACCACUUCAAACGCUCACAGCAAAUGGUAAAGCUCCCCGCUUUAAUGCAUCGUUCCUCAACUAUGGUUACUUAGCCGACAUACCGGCGACACCACUUGGUCAAAUCUAUGGUUGGGAAGAAUGGCUACCAUCGCGACUCCGUUUGUUCCGUCACGUGAAACUUAUAACGCGAGAUUCACAAAAGCGGUUGCUCGUAUCCCUUGAAUUCCGCUAUCUUGAACGCCAUCGACCCGAGCGCCUUCUGGGCGCCUUGCAGCGAGCUUGGGAGAUUGAAGGCACCAAGGCUGUAAAGUCUGCCGAUGUGCUUGAAGGACUGCGCGCACUCGAGGUUCCGUGUAACGGGAGGGACGACUUCUCAUUAGGAGAUCCUCUUACAACGACCUACUUACCUUUGCCGGAACUUAAAGGGAAGCUUUCCCGCUAUGUCGAGGAUGAGGGUUUCCUUUUCCUAGACUUGGGCGAGCCUAUUACAUCGAGUACCUACACAGCCAAAUGGGGCUUCUUGGUUGACCACCUUGGUGUCGGCCAUACUGAUGACCUUCGAUUUUACCUCAGUAUCCUCAAGACGAUCCGAUUUAGCAAUGCAGCAGCUGGAGAUGGUAACCUUGUAUACAUCCCUGCAUACGAGUCGCAAUCCGCGUCGUGGGUACCGCCCGACAGAUGCCUUUGGAACGCGAGAAAGGACAUGCAGACAGCAUACCCUCUUGCCCAUCUCUACCGAACAGUCUUCAAUAGGUCCGAAGAAGACCUCGACAUAUUGCGGCAGUUCUUCAGGACGACCUUAGGUAUCGGCGAUUGUUCCUGGGAGCACUACCUGGACGAGAUCCGGAAGUUGAAGGUUGUGGCAAGUGAGGACUUCGACUGGGUGAGCGACAUAUACGAGUGUGUGGAUCUAGAGAGAGCAAGCUUGACGAGUAAUGACAUUGCAAAGCUCAGGAAGGCAUUCGUGGAGGAGAAGUUGAUUUACUUCAACCACGGCAACUUCAGCCGCUGGUACACAGUCGGCGAAUGUCUAUGGUCCAGUGCCACCCAGAUUCAAGGCAGGGUAGCUCUCAAUGAUCUCUAUCCCGACUUGGAUGAAUUCUUCGUUGAUUUUCUCGGCGUACAAGAACUCACACUCGAUAUGGCAUAUGACGAGCUGAAAGAGAUGAGUACCAGAGUUCCGUCUCCUCCUAUUGCUGCUGUCAAGGAGACUAUCUGGGCACUCAACUCUUUGUUAUCAUCGGCAGAGCAUCAUCCUAACGAAGAACCAGUCUUCCGAGGAACAAUCUUCCCUGUCAAGUACCCAAAUGGGUCGGUGAAGCUGCAGUCGGGACGUACACAAUUCGCGAUCGCCGACCGCAAGACUUUGGGCGACAUAUUCGGUUCACAGGCGAGGAUGUUGGACUUCACACUCGAUGAAGUUCGACGAUUACGACCAUUUCUCUCGUGGCUCAAUCUGGAGUCCAGAUAUCUCUCUACUUCUGUUCGCGAGAUCUCUACUGUGGCAGGUGGAAGUAUGGGCAAACUGCAGUCUCCGAUCCGGGAGAUAGACCAGAGAGCCGAGGGCCUCUACAGAAUCGCAGUCCAUUUCAACAGUCCCCGAACACAAAACGACAACCCCGAUCUGUACUGGCUUCUCGACAGCGCUAAGGUCUACGAAACGGACGGUAUCUCAUCCGAACUCCAUCUAUCUCAAGACGGCCACGGCAUAGUCCAUGUUCAGGACCGAAGUGAGCUACACAUACGAGAAGAUGACGAUACCCUCAAAUUAUAUGUCCCCCGAGAUCCGGAGACUCAAGGGUUUUGUUACUUCUCUACUCUUCCACGACGCUUGCUGGAGUGGAUGAUGACGGAUCCGAUUACACUACAAGUCAAACGCGCUGGGUCGAAGGCGGUUCAGAUUGUGACGGCAAUUUUGAAUUCGCCCCUCAUUAAUGUCGCGCAGAUUUUGGAGGCGGAGGGAAUUGUUGAUGUUCCCAUUCCAACAGAGUCUGGCACGAACCGGGAUAAAAAGAACAACAUUUCGCAAACGGACGAUACUGAAGAGGUUGAAGAGUCCGGAGUCUGCAAUGAAGAGGGACAGAGCCAUGACAAGCCGGGCUCUAGCGACGAGGCGGAUGAAACAGCUUCUCAGCUUCCGACACAACCAGAAAUACGUGAAGACGAUAUUUCUAGCCGCGAGGGCUCAAUCAUACAACAGUUCGCCGACAUGAGAUCAGCCCCAACCUUUUUGGACCUAACAAUUCGGCAAAUAAGUCCCGUCACAUCGAAUUCUUCUGUCGCUGGGCAAGUCUUCACACCAACAUCGUUAACGACCGACUACUUCGACCGGGAUAGAGGAACAUCUGCGCAUCGCACGCCAAAGUCAAAAGGCUUUGCCGGACCGUUCGGGGGGCUCUUCGCCGAGCAAACACCAUCCGGGACACCUAAUCACCCGGCUUUUGUCUUCGGGUCUUCGCCUGGCGUGUUAUCAAGCUCUGCCUUCCAGUUCGAGGGUCCAGGCGGUGCCUCACUACCCUCUACGAUUGAAGACGAGAAAUACUACUUGGGUCUAAUUGAUAAUGUCAUUACUAUCGCGAGUAAGAGAACGCUCCUUAGUAGGGACACUCACGGCACCUCCGGCCUAUUCAGUUCGCUACCAGAAAUUGAGGACGAGAGAGUCGAACGAUCGCAACGCCUCCUGUCUGACAUGCGUAUUGGGGCUCUUGGUGAACUAUACGUAUUUGAGCUUCUUCUGGGGAUGGCUCCCUCGCUCCCGCGAUUUGGCAUAGACCAUUGGCCAAGUCAUAUGCGGCGUUUCAUCAAGAGCCAUCCGAAAUACUCCGACAUACAACCAUGGACAGGCCAAGAAACAGCCGACAUCGUAUACCGCGAUCAAAAGUGCGUUCUGACAAAGUAUUUAGUAGAAGAGCGCUACCUUUCCGAUAGCUGGUUAGACAAGAAGCCUUUAUACUUCAUCGAAGUCAAGUCAACAACAGGACACAGCCGCACUCCGUUCUACGUGAGCAAGCGACAAUACCAAAGGAUGCAAGAGAACCGUUCCGAUCGCCAACUGCGCUGCACUGCGCCUAACAUUUACAUGAUCGCCCGGGUGUCCAACGUCGAUAAGUCUAGUAUAGACUUGAAGCUAUAUGUCGACCCAGAGAGAACACGACAAACAAAGACUGGACAUCGCCUUGUUCCGGGCACUGGGCCGCUCAUUCCCAAGAACACCAAAGAUGAGCAUUUCGGACACUAUGACGGUCAGUUCCUUCCCGCCGCUCUACAAAUUUAUUUAGUCCCUACCGCUGCCAUGCAGCACUACUCACAUCUCAAUAGCAUCUCUACGAUACUCAAUCUUUUUACACCCUACUCAACUGUCUUACUCGACACUAUCGACAUCAUGUCCGAUAACCGAUCUUUGAACCUUCGUGGCCAGAACCAGGAUAACGGUCAGCCCAAGUACAACACCGCCAAGAUGUCCGACAGUAAGGUUAUCAACCUUCGUGGCCAGAACCAGGAUGAUGGCCAGCCCAAGUAUCAUAUUCUUGUCCGUGGCAGUAACUCUGCCGACUCUACUCCUGAGAAGGCACGAGGUCCUUCUACUCGCAGCUCCCCCGAACGUCUGGAACUCCCUGGAUUGUCUAGAGGAUCGACUCCUGCUUCCCGACCCCCUACUCGUAACGGCAAGCCUCUUGACCCUACCGUCGCGCCUUUCCAGCAUCAAUAUGACGAUGUGGUAUCGCAGCAGCGAAAGGUAAACAGCGCCUCUCCCUCCCAGUCCUCCCAGCAGGGCGACAGCAGCUUCACCACCUACGCCCAGUAUCUUGAGAAUGAACGUACGGGUAACUACCGCAAGAUCAGCGAGAUCGAGGACGAGCGUGACCGCGAAGAUGCUUUCAGCUCUUACAUCUGGGACCAGCACGUUGACUGGUCUGCUGAGGAUCUGCGCAAGGAGAAGGAACAGAAGGAGCUUGAGGAGCGACGCCAGCGAUUCGGCAAGCACUCUCAUUCUCGCCAGAACUCUGAGAAAGGGGGUUUCUGCGACUGA